CUCAGAUUGAGUGUGUUGUUGACUCGAGCUCGGUGUUUUCUCGUUAUUCUAUUUUCUCUGUAAAUGUCGCAAUGAUGUAGAUAAGGAGAAUAUUUGAGCCCCUCCAUGACACGCGCUACCGGCCUCCGUCCCCGCGGGAUUCGGCGUGAAGACUGUGAGGAGUGAACGACUGAAAGGAGGGGAGGAUGUGGCAGAGUGUUGGUUUGACGGUGUUGGUGAUCGUGGCCACGCUGAUAUGUGUCCUCCUCUUCAUGCUCUUCGAUAUGUCAUCCUCCAGCGGUCCACUGACUGAGGAGCUUCAGUGCUCGAUAUGUCUGGAUGUGUUCACUGAUCCAGUCAGCACUCCAUGUGGACACAACUUCUGCAAGACCUGUCUGAAUAAGUGCUGGGACAACAGCCAGACCUGCAACUGUCCAUAUUGUAAAGAAACAUUCAAGCACAGACCUGAUCUCAAGAUUAAUACCACACUCCGAGAAGUUGUAGAUCACUAUAAAAAGAAAAGUCCUGAAAGAAAACCUGAAGUUCUGAAAAAACCUGAAGUUCUGUGUGACGUCUGUGAGGAAGAAAUCUUCUAUAGAAGAGAUGUUGAGCUCUUCACUGAUCUCAUCCGCUCCAUUGAGAGAUGUCAGACUGAACUGCUGGAGAUGAUGGAGGAGCAGCAGAAAGCAGCAGAGAAACAGGAGGAAGUGCUCAUUGAAGAGCUGGAGCAGGAGAUCACUGAGCUAAAGAUGAGAAACACUGAGCUGGAGCAGCUCUCACACACUGAAGAUCACCUCCACCUCCUACAGAUUUACUCAUCCCAGUGCAGCUCUAGAAACACCAGGAACUGGUCUGAGAUCAGUGUGAAGACUGAUGAGAGUCUGGAGACUCUGAGGAGAGCUCUGACUCAACUGCAGGACACUCUACAGGAGAAACUCACACUAACUGAUCUGAAGAGGAUGCAGCAGUAUGCAGUGGAUGUGACUCUGGAUCCUGAUACAGCUCAUCCUAGACUCAUCCUGUCUGAUGAUGGAAAACAAGUGAGACAUGGAGACAUUGAGCAGAAACUCCCAGACAACCCGAAGAGAUUUAAUUACUGUGUAGAUGUCCUGGGAAAGGAGGGAUUCUCCUCAGGGAGAUUUUAUUAUGAGGUGCAGGUGAAGGGAAAGACUAAAUGGGAUUUAGGAGUGGUCAGAGAAUCCAUUAACAGGAAGGGAGAGAUCACAAUGACUCCCAGUAAUGGAUUCUGGACUGUAUGGCUGAGGAAUGGGAAUGAAUAUGCGGCUCUCUCUGCUUCUCCUGUCCGUCUGUGUCUGAGAGUGAAGCCGCAGCGGGUCGGUGUGUUUGUGGAUUAUGAGGAGGGUCUGGUCUCCUUUUAUGAUGUGGAGUCCAGCUCUCAUAUCUACUCUUUCACUGGUCAGUCUUUCUCUGGGAAACUCUAUCCAUAUUUUUGCCCGUGCUUUAAUGAUGGAGGUAAAAACUCAACUCCACUGAUCAUCACACCUGUCAAAUACAAUAAAUGAAUUUACACUCGUAAUAUGAAAUACUUAAUGAAUAUAAUGCUUCAUAUGAUUAAUGUUUAAAAAUGGAUGAUCUUAAUGGAACUGAAUCAACACUGAACUGACUUCAGCUGAACAAUGACACUAUUUUUAUAUUUUAUAUUUACUAUUUUAGAGCUGCUGUACAGUCGAAAUGAACUGUUUGCAUCAUUGAAUCAUUUUCCUGUUAUCACUGUAAAGCUGCUUUGAAACAGUCUGUAUUGUAUAAAACACUUUAUAAAUAAAGGCGACUGGCCUGAUUUUUAUAUUUCAGGUUUACAACCAUAA